GCCACACCACACUCUUUAAUCGAGCGCCUUCACAGGACAAUCGAUUGGUUUGACACUCACACCGCACCGGUGUCAAUCGAAUGGAAAACACAUCUGUCAGAAAGCAGAAGAAGAAGGGGCAAAAAGAAGAAGCAGAGCGCUCUGUUCCACAGCAAAUCAUUUUGUGAAUUGCGAAAAAACCCGAAAAUCCGGAACCAGGACGAAACAAUCGCAGUGGCGUGCAUGCCACCAAUCUCCGGAAUGGCCACGGAGCAACAUCACCAGCAGCGGGUCCUUAAGCAAGAUGGCUACUUGGAUUUGGGCGAUUGCAAUAGCGCUCCAGCUCGACCCUUUGAGAUGCGCAACGUUGUCUAUCAUCCGCAAUUAAAUGUCCUUCUGCUAUUCGACAGCGGGAGCACCGUAAAAGUCCUGGACGCCAAUUCAGGAGUUAUUCUCCAGACCUAUCAACUCAGCUCAAAUGGUGACAGCAUCGUUCAUGGACGUUAUAUGCCACUGCAAGACAAGAUUUUGUUUUGGGAUGGCCAUAAUCUUGGAUUGCGAGGAGAUUACAAUGGAGUCCUGCUCUUGGAUACAAUUCUUCAGGCGCCCAUUGGCCAAAACGACGACUACAUCAAGCUGGAGAUUAUCUUGUCUGAGGCUAUCAUAUUCCAGAACUGCAUCACCGAACUGGAGAGCGAGGGUCUGGAGUGUCCCUGUGACAUUAGCAACGAGCUGACGCAGAAGAUCAACCAGGCGCAGCUGAAUGUCAAGAAAGGCAUCAAGGCCCAAAGGUGGAAUACCAUUUGCCUGGAAGUGCCCUAUUCCAGUCUUAAGCUGGUGUCCAACAAUGUGGUUAUCCUGCUGAAGCGCCUGGAGCGCCACAUUCCCGUUCUGGCCAUUGCCUCCGCCAUCAAUGAACGCCUCACUGACAUGCUGAUGGGCUCCCGGGUGCCUGACUUUGGGUGGAACUUCAGCAACUUCCAGCGUGUACUCAUGCACUCGGAGGCAGUGCGUCGCCAGACGUUUGAGAAGUGGCCUCACAUGGACUAUAAGUGGGCGCUGCCCGAUCAGAUGGCCCAGGCCGGGUUCUACCAUCAGCCAUCAUCCUCCGGCGAAGAUCGUGCCAUGUGCUUCACCUGUAAUGUGUGUCUGGUCUGCUGGGAGAGGACCGACGAGCCGUGGAGCGAGCACGAGAGGCACUCGCCGCUGUGUCCCUUUGUCAAGGGCGAGUACACGCAGAAUGUUCCACUGUCCAUAACCUACGCCACCAAUCCCGCAUUGCAAGCACCCGGACUCGGAUUCGAUAUCAUCUCCAAUAGUGAUUACGCGAAUGUGCUCUGCACCAGUUGCUCGCAAACGGGGGAGCUAAGUGUCUGGAGUAUUGAACGGCAUCUGAAGCUGAUGCACAGCCUCCAUGUGCCUACAUUGCUCAAGGACGCCUUCGAGGAAAGCUUUGAAUGGGCGCGGGUUACUGCCAUAUGUGUUCUUCCGAAUGCAAGAGCCCGUACUAAGGUGAACUACGUAUACUCGGCAGCGAAUUAUGGCGGAGCAGGCGGAAGCAGCGGAGCGGGUUCCCAUUCGGGAUCGAAUGCCGCAUCGAGUGGAAAGUUUGGCAGCGUGAAUGCCCAGCAUAUCACCUCCACAUCAACACUCCGGGCAGGCGUUGUCGGAUCGAAGAUUGUUUUGGGCGUUAGCGUGCGCCAGAGCAGCGGAGAAUUAGCCCUACGCAUGGUAGUUCUCAACAUCGUGGAGGUGGAUAGGAACAGUGAGACCUCAGCGAGCGUCAGCAACGACAGCGGUAGCGUUUCCAGCGUCGGCGGUCAACUGAUGAAGUCCUCGUCCCCAAUGGUUAACGUCUCCGGCGAAACAAGUGCGGCCGUGACCCAAGUGAAUCUCGAGUCAAAAGAUGAUGAUAACAAGGCCAUGACACCAUACGAGAAGUUCGCCGAUGGCUUCGAUAGCAAUGGAUUUGUGUCUGCUCUAAUGACCUACAACAAGAACAAUGGUGUUAGCCAAAAUACUGACGAUGCAUCCGUUUUGUAUGAUUUCGAUUUGUGCACCUUGUCCCAGAUAAUGGAUCACAAUCUGGAGGAACCGCUAAGUCUGAUGGUCGGAUCGAAAACGGUGAAUGUUAGUAAUCUUGGCAUGGGCAACGAGGUUGAUAAGCUAGUUGAAGACAUGGAAAUGACACACCAGAACAACAACAAUAAUAACAACAACAACGAGUCCAAUUCCCUUGGCGGAAAUUCCUCGACUAACAACAAUAACGUCAUGAUCAACGGAAGCACGAACAGCAGCAGCGACAAGAUGACGGCCACCGAGGAGAUCGAUUGCGUGGUGGAGAGCUGGACCAGUGUGAAGCGCAUGAACGCCUUGGAUGGUGCCAGCAGUGGGGCAAAUGGCGUGACCCAUUCGGUUCAAGAGAUCAUUGAAAUUGCCGAGAUCCUGCCCACCACACCCAAGUGCAAUCAGCUGCUGGUCAAGUUGUUGCGUACCAAGGCGCCGGAGGCAGAGGGAAGUAAGAUCAUAAUGGCCACCGUGGCCAAGGAGGAGGAGGAAGAGGACGAGGAGCAGCGGGCCCACGAGGCAAUGGACACAGAUAACAACGCGGAGGGGAAUGUGGCAGCACAGCUCUUGGUGUUCGACUACGAUGACACCCAGAUAUCCAACGAUUACACCCUGGCCAUGACCUUCAGUAGGGCCAAGUGCCCCAAGCAACUGUGCAUCCUGCCGCACUUCAACUCUUCUCCGGAGCACAAGGACGCCGGCUCCAUUUGCGUGGUGUGUGCAGAUGGCAGCGUGGAAAUUUACUCCCUCGCCGAUUUCCAAGGCACCAUGGUGAUCGAGGAGGAGGGCGAGCACUUUGAGUCUGUGGUUUACUGUCGGAAUCUGGACAGGCUGUGCUGUUGCUCACGGCAGGGCGGUCUGCUUUUCUACUCGCUCAGCGAGGGUGAAAACGAUUCCGGGGACGAACUGCUCGAGAUGGAGGACGACUGCAAUACCACGUUAACACAGGCAGUUGAUGUCAGUGUGACGGAUGGCGCGCGCCAAGUGGCUGGGACUGACCUGCUGGGAAAGACCCUGCUUGCUAGCGAUUCCAUCAGUGUAGAUGUUGGCAACGAGACCGCUACACCCUCGAGCUCCUCCACCGUUGGGCAGGGUGCCCACGUCCAAACUUCGCCAUCGGCGGCUUCCACGGCUGCCAUCAAUGCCAACCUGCUUGCCUACAAAACGGCGGACCUGACCCUCGAGGACCUAAAGGUCUUUUACGCACUCACCCAAUUUGACGACAAGCUCACGGUAUAUUCUGCUGAGGUUCCCAGCUGUUGGAAUGAUCUCGGCCAGGUGCAAAAGCAACGUAAGCAGUCGCAAAACAUGCGGCACGGCGGCGACGAAAGGGACUUCACCCGCACUUGGCGACUGCACAACGAUGCAACAACAUGGGACGAACAUAUUAUCGAGCUCAACUUGGCCCAGCCCGUGUCACUGGGGCACAUCGACCUUAAAUUCACGGUCUAUCAGCAGUGCUCAAAUCCCGCAGCAAUACAGGUCACACUACUGAAACAGAACACCAACGGAUUUGGCUACCGAAUGAAGGGACCCCAUUCCAGUUACAAGCCGAAUGUCAUUGACGACAACAUUGAUCUCUCAUAUAUUGCCAAUGAAAAUCCUGUGUUAAGUGAGGAGUACCUACUGGCACACAAUGCGGAGGUUUUGGCCGGUCCCAUCGAACUUUCCUCAUGCAUAGAUCUGUGUGAUCAGGGAGGCACUGCCACGCUCACCUCGCCAAAGCUGUUCAAGACUCGCACUAGAAACUUUCUGCUGCACAUCAAAACAGUGUCGGAUCCCUCGAAAGAAGGCCAGAACAAGACGAGAGGCUGCGACUGGUUGCACGAGAUCUCCAUCAGCGUGCGUGCUGUGAAGUCGCACAGUCGGAUCAGUAAUGGUCGGAUGCAGCGGAUCGCCAUGCUGGAGAGCAACGUGCUGUUGGUGCAGUUGCUGCGGAUCGCCAGUGACUCGACAUCGAGCCCAUUGGCCAAGAACUUAUCGCUCGACGUGCUCAACUGGAUUUGCUUUAUCAGGCUGAACCGCUUUCGGUCGCCAAAAUCUGAACGGCUCAAGGAUCAGAUUAACAAGCAGACAGCGGCAAACAUGCAGGAUUUGCUGGCCCAGCAGUUUGAGUGCAUUUCCCUGGCCGAAAAGAGCAUCGAACAGCUACUGCGCAACUGUGUCAUCUACAGCGAGCGGAGUACGGCCCACAAAUGUGUCAAGCUACUGAUUAUGCUCACUGAGGGUGCCACCAAUUUGCCAGCGGAGGUGCAGGAUCACACAACGCUGGACUAUAGCUUCAAAUCGGCCAUCGCCAACACUUUUCCCGAGCUACCCCGGGCACAAUGUGGUAGCGUUGUACGCUGGUACAUGAUGCUCACCUGUGCCACAUCCACGGCGGAGUCGCACAACAGCAUUUCUGAGCAGGCAAUCAAUUUGCUUAAGGAGAUUGCGGGCGAGAUCGACAAGCGCUGGGAUCCGCACUGUGCUCUGCUAAGCACUCGAUUCGGUCUAUACGGCUAUCCCUUUGAGCCCGAGAUCUUUGAUUUUGACUUUCCCAACGUCAGUCGACAGGGAAACGGCUCGUCGGUGGCCCUUACCAAUGUGAUACGCACCAAUUCCACAAUUCUGCCGGUGACAGGACUGGACAUCAAGCGUUUGAGCUCCAUAGACGGUGUCGACUUCCGAACGUUUCCAUAUCUGAUUCGAGGAAAGAGCAUCAGUAACCAGCUGCGUGGAUUGUUGGAGGUGGUGCAGCUUCACUUUAACUGCGUCCAAACUUCUGAAGCGACUCGUAUCGACAACAUCGACAGUGUUGGAGGAAACUCCGCUGCAAGUGUGGUAAUCGAGGAUGUGAUGAUGAUGCCGAAACUAGUGGUUGCCAAGGAAAAAGGAGAGGAGAUGUUCAACGAUUUGGUCAAUGAUGUGGUGGAGGAAAUGAAGGAGAAACAGGGCAAGGUCGACUACGAUGCCUUUGGCUUGGUCAAUGGCUUCAAGGAUAAAACAUCAGCGUCCUCGCUCUCUGACUCACUGGAACACGCAUUGAAGGAGGAGGUUAAAAUAGAGAAGGCGGCCAUAAUUGAUAAACUAAAAAUGUCCAAGUUUCUGCCGAACCUGUCGCUUUUUGAAAGCUACAUGCAGAAGAAGAUAAACGAGCACAUCUCCUUCGACGAUUUGGGCAAACUGGACAACUUGGACGGUGACACAACGCCUCCCUUUCAUUUGGAUUCAGCGGUCACAAUCGAGGGUCUGGAAAGUACGCCAGACCAGAACCAGUCGCAUCAGGCAGCUGCAUCGAAUGAUAGCGUACUGGACGAUGCCGCGGAGACCGAGAAGAUCAUGGAGAACUUGAACGCCAAUCCCUGCCAGCCGAUUGCGUGGCACAAGUUAAUCACUCCGCCGCCCAAACAGAUGAUCGUUAUCGAUAGGAUGCACUCGGGUGCCAGGCGAUUUGUGGUGCUCGACUUUGGCCAACACAUCCUGCUCACGGAUCUGGUGGUUCCCUCGUGCGAUGAGUUGACUUCCCUGAAUAUCGACAUCUGGUGCUUUGAUGAGGAGACAGAUUGCACUCGUCUGGUCCAGGUGAAUGACAUCCAGACCAAAACGCUUGUGCUGAGCGACAUUCAGCCGGCUCCAAUUUGCCGCUACUUAAAAUUGACCAUCAUUGGACGCAUCGGCAUGUCGACCACCAAGUGCAAAGUGCCCUUGGGUCGGUUCUAUGGCCAUCCCGUAGUGUUGGAGCACGACGGUUAUGGCGAUCAGCUAAUGAGGUUCAUCAAGCAUCCCACACAGAGCCUUCAAUCGCAGUUGAAGUCGCUGAAUGCUCUGUACGAGGAUGUACACUGCCGUUACAGCUUGGCCAGUUGCAAACUGAUGGACCUGCUGGCUCCCAUGCGGAACAGCGAGCUGUCGAAUGUGGCCCAUCUUCAGGCGUUCAUCAACAAGCAGCGAGAUGAGGAGCUGAGCGGCCUGGAUAAUAACAACAAGGUUGUGUCCCUGUACGAUGAGUGCAUGCUUCUGCAAUACCAGAUCAAUGUGAUCCGGAAUGUGGUGCUCCGUCUGGAGCGAGCUCUCUCCCCCAAUGGUCUGGGUACCACCACGCCACAUCCGGGAGAGCCGAUUCCGCUAACGGAGGAAAUCCUUCGAGCGGCUUCGAGGGAUAAGUUGCGGGUACUUAGUCUGAGUUUGGUGGAGGUGCUUCUGCACUUCUCCAUCGAGUAUGGAAUCAAGAACAUUCUGCCAGUGCAUCAGAAAUUUAAUGCGGUCACAGCGAAGGCGCUUUUCAACUCGCUGGUGGUUUACGGCGACGCUCAACUUCAGUUGGCCACCUGUUCGUUGCUGGUGCGAAUGUGCUGCUUCCAGCCGUGGUGGGGAGACUUCCUUGCUGACACCUUUUGCAGCCUCUUUUCAGCGCAGAACUGCAAAGCUUUUCCCCAGGAUCGCAUAUUUUUCCUGCUUACCUACCUGGGACGUCGCAGCAUUGCGAUGGGUGCCUGCCGAUCCAUCGUGAUCGAUGCCGUGCUUAAGACGCUCGUUAAGUUGCUGGCGCCUAUCUCACCGCACUAUAAAUAUCAGUCGGAGCAGCCAAGCACGUCAGCGAAUGCUGCCGAUCGAAAUGCAGCAAUGGGCACCACAUCCGAUCUUCAACUGAUCACCUGGCUACUUCUGUUUCUCUCAGUGUGUCUGGAUGAUAACGAACGCAAGGAUAAGUCAGCUGCUCGCUGGGACUUUAUGAGCUGCGAGAGCGACUUCACCAAGACUAGACCCAGCAACACUCCUAACAGCAAACAACUGCGCUGCUUUAAGAAGCGCAUUAUCCAGCAAAACAAGUACUCGGUGCAGCCUUACACAGAUUGGGGAAAGAAGAUUUACAUGAUCCAGAAUGAGCAUCCUGGUAUAUUUAUGGAGCUGUCCACCAAAUCAAAGGGCAGUGGUCCCACCAAGUCGACCUCCACCGGUGGCAAAAUAAGUAUUGGAUCCUCGGGCCUCUGCGUAACUGGUGGCAGUUCGACUAGCAGUGCAUCUAAGAGUGCAACAGGCUCUACAUCGUCGCCCAAGCAUCAGGAUAUAUCUGGUGGCGAUGGAGAACGCGACAGCAAUUUCGACAAGGGAUUAAAGACGCUGCGAAUGGCCAACAUCAAAGUGGUAAUCCGCGGCCUCUUUGCCCUGUUGUUGGAGAUGGACUUCGAUUGCAAUAUGGAUCAGUUUCUGCUGACAUGCAAGGUAAUUGCGCGCCUUGUGGCCGCGUGCCGACCGUCUGUGCAGCUGUGCAAGAUUGUGACCACCGCACAGCUGGAGCAGCUCGUGCGUCUGUCCGUGUGGAAUGAUCAACAGCAGCCCUGGGCUGUCCACGCCAUUACGUGCUUACUACAGGAUCUCUUGGAUGCGGACAAGCAGUUUAGGGACAGCGAUGUCACACCCACCAAUGAUACACCACGCACCAUGGAAGCCGCAGUGCAGGAGACACGAGAUCUAUUCAGCGACUAUGCUUCAACUGCUUCCUCGUGCACUGAGGCACAAUUUGAGAUGCUGAUGCCGACAGCAAGAGAAUUUUAUCAAGAGGCCGUCAAAUAUAAUUACCUACCAUCACUGAUCGAAUGCGAUGACACGGAAUUUGACGAAAUGCUCAACGAUAUCGACAUGAUCGAGCGUACAAAGCCAGUAACCAAAAAGGAGAGCAACGCCCUCUGCAAGAACACCUUCAAUUUCUUCUGCAAGUCCAUCUCCAUUGCCUUGGAUUCACGACUGGAUGUGGGUUUGGAACUGCAUGUGGAAACGCAGCUGCGAAGACUUACAAAUCGCACAUCUCUGGAUCUCUACUCCUCGUUGCCCCAGGUGCUGACCAAUGAGUUUGUCUCACCGCCACCGGAGGCGGCUCCUUGGCCAGAGUACUUGACCCAACUUUGGUCAGGUACAGAGUACAACGGCCGAAACACCUACGUGAUGUUCAAGAAGGUCUUCGACUCCAUUCUGGCGGACCUACACUAUGAGGACACUUGGGUGCACCUGGAGCAGGUGCUGCAAAUGUGGCUCACUCUAAACUGCGAGCUCGCGGACAAGCCGUACACCAGUGGCAUAACCCACACGGAUGUGCCUAAGAUUCCUUUUGGGGCGAAUGCCGUGCAGGGAUUGCUUCUGGCCUUAGCUUGGCACAAUGACAUCAAAUUGCGCACCUGGUGUCUAGGCUUCCAGUGUUUGUUCCUUGCCUGCAACUCCCUGCCGCUUGGUGAGGAUGCAGACUGUACGCGCAUCAACGAGGUCAUUGUAAACGAUGAGAACUUUGAGAAGAUGCUCUUGCGCUUCUUCUCCGGCUACGGCAUGAGUUCAUCGAUCAUCACCAACCGAUGUGCUGGACCAACCAUUUGCAAACACCUGCAUGAGUUGCUGUUGUGGCUGCACAGCAAAAGUGAGACGAGUGGUAUUCCCUGCAAACGCAGGCUGAAGGACAUUUUGUUGCAUGUUGUCCUACAAUUGGUGCAACCUGGUGGCGCUAUUAGCAACCAGCAGGGGCCCAUCGAUGCUCAGAAUCAAUUGGUUCGUGAUCUGCUAAUGAUGCCCAAUGACAAGGGAGAUCUCAACAUAGCGCUCAAAAUAACCGAAAGUGUUUCUUUCCUGGUUUACAACAACAUUUCCAAUGGCGAGAAACUGCAGUGUCAACGCGGGAAUGAGAACAACACUGCUGGCAAUAACUUUAGCAACCUGUUUGCCAACGUUUUGGGAUCGGAGAACCCCACCAAACAGAAUGCCACAAUCUGUGACAAUUCGCUGAUCAUAAAUCUGCUGAAACUAUCCUCACACAUGGUGCUGACGGAGAUGCCCAGGCAACCAAGUGAGGUUACCAUUCCCGAGGAGGAGGAACUGUCGAAUCAAAGCCAAACGGAUGAGACCAAGGCAGAGCAGUUGAAUACAGAAGGACAUCGCAGCAAAGUACCUUGCAUAGCGGAUUGGGUGCUGCGCCAUUUCCCUACGAUGAAACGACUCUUUGGAACGCUCUCUCAGUGCUCGACAAACACGUUUACUAUGAUGUCCUCUGGCUGCUUUUUCUCACUCAAGUCCAAUAUGGUUUUGGAUGAUCCGCAGACCAUCGCAGAUGCUGUCUUUAGUUUGAUGAUCACCCUCAGCGAUAAGGCCUCCAAUCCACGACUUGUUGUUGCACCAAUUUGCCAAUACCUUGAAGAAACCACUAUUCAAAGAAACGCGACUCUACCGCGGCUCCCGCUCUCGGAGCCCUUCCUUUGGUACAUCUCCAAGGUCCUGGAGGUCACAGCCGCUGUUCAAACGUUCACCCAGCUGGGUGGCAUUCAGAUUAUCUGUCACAACUUGGUGCGACUCAACAAGACGAUUAUCAACAUGCAGCCGGGAUUGAUCUCGUUGAUAAUGCAGCACUUGACGCGCAAUACUCGCUUUAAGCUGAACAGUCAUGUGGCAGCAAACAGUGUUUGCAAAAAGACAACGACUGGAACAGGAACAACAGGCGCCACGUCGUCGCAACCGCCGAGAAGUGGAGCUCAGUACGACGGCUUGAUAAACUUUGCACCCUUCUCGCACAUUGUGUCCGAAAACGAUGCGGCACAAAGUGCAGAGGUGCUCAUCUCAAAUCCCAAUGCUACUCACCGAAGACCACGUUCUCCGGCAUGGAGUUAUAUGUUCUAUCCGAAUGAGACUCACGUGGAUUUGACCAUCACGCUGCCUACAGCGAUUCUGCUGAAGGAGGUGCAGCUAGUGCCGCACACAACGAGUCUAGCCUCCUGCCCCUCAGCGGUUGCGCUGGAGUUGUCGAGAGAUUACGGCCUGGGCUCCAUUCCAGUGGGUGCUCCCAUGGCCACCACUGGGCUGACAUGUAUCAGGCUAAAGCUGGCCAAGGCGGAAGUGGCCACCAGUAUUGUUCUGAGGCUUUACAAACCCAAGGAUUGUGGCAAUGUUGGUCUGGUGCAGAUUGCUGUGCUUGGCCAGACCAUCUUCGGGAAUCGCAUGCAGGGACUGCGCUCGCCGAGUCCGUUCAUCGACUCCCUGGCAUCCUGCUCUUCGCCGCUGCAAACGGCUGCUUUGGCCGCAAUGGAUGCGGAUGCCAUGCUUGAGGACGAUGCUUUUGCCAAGACGAGCAUUGGUUGGGUGCGCAUCCUGUCGCGUUGCUUCCACGUGGCCGCCUUGCAGCCAGACAGCAAGCUAGCGGAUCUCAUCGCCGCCUAUCCAGCAUCUUACCCCGGUUUUUUGGAGGCCUGUUGCUCCCUGCUGAACAUCAUGCCAAUGAUUCCAAGCCUGGCUCAGCAGCACCUAGAGACGAUUCUGCUGAAACUGGGUGCUUACAACCACGAGAUCAGCUUGCAGCUUUUGCGGACACUGCUGUGGCACACGACACCCCAAGUUUUCAAGCUCUCCAGCGAUGCGGUGUGCGAUCUCAUUUACGAAGUAGUAACCAGCUCCACGGAGCACUUGCUGGACAAACUGCGCGUCCUGAUCGAUUGGGUGAUGCAGCUGCACGACAACUACAGCAAGCAGGCCCGUUGCAAUAAUCCGCAGAGCGGAUUUGUUAAGGUAAUCGCCUCGAUUCUCUGGCGCGUCCAGACGCAGCAGCAACUGCCUGAGUUGCCCCUGCUCAUCUCAUCGUCGCUAUUCGAGACCUGUUUCGAGUGGGUGUCGUCGCUGGAACACGAUGAGCCCUUGAAGAGCAGCUUUGAUUCGUUACUCUGCGCUUUGUGCUACAUUAAGCCGGAGCUGUUUAAUCAGCUGUUGGUCAAGUUGGGCGUGAAGCUAGAGCCACCGGCUCGUGGCCAGACGGACGAUAGUAAAGUGCAAAGCGGCAGUGCCUGGUUCCGGCGCGAGGGUAGCGAGAAUCUCACGGUCCUGCUGCAACGUCCAACAUUCUUGAAGACUCUUGCGCUGGCCUGCCAGUCGCCAGCGGCAGUUUACCAGAUGCUGGACUCGGGGCUGCCCAAACUGCUGGCCCAUGCCAUUUACGAGUAUUGCAUGCACCUGCUGCCUGGAUCGGAGCAAGCUGUUUCUUCGGGUCCAGUUGCUGCAGGAGGAGAGGAAACAGCCUCCAACAAUCAGGCUGCAGCUGCUGUUCCAUCGGAUGUUGGGAACUCCCCGCUGACGGACUUUGACAAGGCCGAAGCGAAUGUGGGCAAUAAUACUCCGCUGCUAAGCAGCUCGAAUGUACCGAAGGUAUUGGAAUUCUUUGCCGAGUGCUGUGCCGAAGGUCCCAUGCGGGAUUGGCUAGGCACCAUGCAGGGCUCCGUAUUCUGGAAACCUUUGCUGCAGUUGCUCUGCAACACCCAUGCCGCCCAGUUUAGCAAAACGCUGCCGAUGCAGCAGUCGUUCAUCCGCUUGGAACGAGCCACCAUCAACUUCUUUACGCGAGUGAGCGCCUGCCAUCCGGGCAACCAGGAAGUGCUGACAUCCCUGCUCAUCGGUGCCAUCAUUUGCAAGCCGCUGAGAUCUUCGCACGGAGUUCGACCGACGAUCUCUGGAUUUACCAGACAGUUGGUGCUGCAGCUUCUGCUGGAGAACGAGCACAUCACCGUCUCGGUGAGAAGUCAGCAGCCUUUGCAGCGAAGGGACACCCUGUCCGCAAUUCUGGGCGGGAAUUCGAGUGGCGCCAGCACUAGUUUGCCCGUGGCAGCCGUCAACAAUCAUCCGGCCAAGCGGAGCAGCGCCCAUCACAUGCUCUUCACGGUGACCACCAGCACCACGUGCCACGAGAUUAUGCAGAACUGUGUCAGUGUGUAUAGUAAUCUAGUUUAUCAACAACCAACAGAUCAACGAGCUGGCGAGGCUUCGGCCUCCAGCAGUGGCUUGUCCAGUGCCACGGCCAAGUCAAACGACAGCAAGCUGGAAAAGAGCAGCUUCCUGAACUUCAACAACGUAGAUGCGGGUAGCAUGGAAUUCCUGACCGUUGGUGCCGCUGUGGCAGCCAAGGAUAAGCGCAUUAAGGAUGCUAAGAACCAGGCGGCCAUGAACAAGGAUAAGGAGACUCAGACUAGCAGCAUGAACUUGGCUUCCAAUAUUUUCAACGUUGAGGAGUUCCUGCUGCAAUCGGCGAAUGCAGCCAAUGGAAACCAGUUGGUCAUACCAGAGUAUUCUGAUAUCCUGUUGGCUGGGGAUGCUACCAUCUCACAGGUCUUGGCCUCGCUCCAGGAUGCGGGUCAUUCGCUGUCCACGCCCUGCAUAUCCCUUGAUCUGGUGCCCCAGCAAAGGGGGGAUGAGGCCAGCGAGGCGAAGAAGACGAAGGCUGCCUGCACGGAGCCGCUGCCGUCACCACUGCAGCGAUUUUCCAGCAGCGGCGGUCUAUCUUUACUGGCCCAUUACUUGCCAACCGUCUAUCCGGAGCAUUCUGGUCGAAAGACCACACUGGUUGUGAGCGAAAAGGAGAAGAGUCCACCGCUCUCGGACUGGGUAAAACUGGAGCCGAACGAUGAGAUCUACGAGGACCUGGAGGACACCAUCUGCGAGCCGGCGGCCAAACAGGCUACGGUCAGUUCUGUGCCGCAGCACUCGCUAGCUGCCUUCGGAUUAUUCCUGCGCCUGCCCGCCUACUCCGAUGUCCUGCUGCGGGACAAGAUGCGAGCCCAGUGUUUGCUACGUUUGGUCCUGGGAGUCACAGGGGACGGUGAAGGGAAUGACAUAUACAGUCUUUCGCUAGCGCCGUCGCUGCCCACUCUGCCCUUCGAGGUCUUCCGUCAGCUUCUGGACAGUGUGCCAUUGUCCACCGAUGAUGGCGUGCUGCUUCGCCGCGUUGUCAUCGAAGUGGGGGCCAUGCACCUGGUGCUUAACUGCUUGGGAAUUUUCUCCCAUCAGUCGCACAACAGCAGGAUUGGAGCGCCUAUCAGCGAACCCUCGCCAAGUGGAACAAGCAGUGGCAGUGGUAGUGGCACCAUCGGCAAUGGAAGUGGAAACGGAAGUGCCAGCGGUGGCAAAACAAAUGCUCCCGAGGAGGCAACGCCCAGUGCAACGUCGGACGACAAGAGCCAUAUGUACUGGGCCAAAGGAACGGGAUUCGGCACCGGAUCCACCACCCAGUCGUGGAACGUGGAGCAGGCUCUGCUGCGACAGAAGAGCGAGGAGGAGCACGUCACCGUGUUGUUGCUUGUCCUGGCCAGUUACAUAAAUCCGGGUGACUGCAUACCGAGUGACAUGUGCGGAGAGGACAUCCUGGCCUAUCAUGACGUUCGAGAUGUUACCGGCGAGUUGCCGCCCAUCUUCCAAACGCUCCUGCAGCAGUCUUGCCUGAUUCCCGCCUUAAGCUCCUAUUUGCGCAACGAUUCCGUGCUCGACAUCACGCGACACAUUCCGCUAUACCGUGCCAUACUUAAGCUUCUGCGCGCCUUAUCUCUGUCCAAGAUGCUCGUCUCGCUGCUCCAACCAGCGGCUAAUGGCGGUGGAGAGAGCACGCCACCCAUCGUGGAGCUGCUCACGAACAUGAAGACCUGCGUGGACACCUACGCCAAGCGGUUAAAAGUGAACAAGAAGUCGAACAUCAAGGGCCAGACACACCAGUUGACCUUCAACAUUGACGAUGGCGACGAUGAGGGAUUAGCACUGCUCAUUCCGGACAUUCAUGAAACAAGUGUCCUGGUGCAGAAGACCACGGAUGCGGAUGCCCUGAUCAACAUGCUGAAUCCCAACGACGAUGGCAGUGGGCAGCUGGAGCCGCUCAGCAAGUCCAUUGAGGAGCGUUACCUGGAGCUGAUGAAGAAGCGCCAGUUCGACACCUUCGACAUGAUAGUUGAGUCGGACAACAAUAGCUUCCGGUUUGUGGUCUCGCACCACUUUGAGAAGAUGGUGCGACUCGCCGGCGAUCGCUACCAUCCGUCGCGGGUGAAGCGGCUCGCCCAGGAGGCGGUGACACUCUCCACCAGCCUUCCGCUCAGCUUUAGUAGCUCUGUAUUUGUGCGCUGUGAUACGGAUAGAUUGGAUAUCAUGAAGGUACUCAUCACUGGUCCGGCGGACACGCCAUAUGCCAAUGGGUGCUUUGAGUUCGAUGUCUUCUUUCCGCCGGACUACCCCAAUCAGCCCAUGCUUAUCAACCUGGAGACAACGGGCCGUCAUUCGGUGCGCUUCAAUCCCAACCUCUAUAAUGACGGCAAGGUUUGCCUGUCGGUUCUGAAUACCUGGCACGGUCGACCCGAGGAGAAGUGGAAUGCGCAGACCUCUAGUUUCCUGCAGGUGCUCGUCUCCAUCCAGUCUUUGAUCCUCGUACCCGAGCCCUACUUCAAUGAGCCGGGCUUCGAAAGGAGUCGAGGCACUCCCAGUGGCACCAAUUCGUCGCGGGAGUACAACAGCAAUAUCUAUCAGGCCUGCGUGCGUUGGGCGAUGCUGGAGCAGAUUCGGAAUCCAAGUCAUUGCUUCAAGGAUGUCAUUCACAAGCACUUUUGGCUGAAGCGCGAGGAGAUCUGUACCCAAAUCGAGGGUUGGAUCGAGGAGCUGAGCAAGCCCCAAUACAGCGAACGGACCAGUCGGACUAUUUCCUUCAACUCGAUGGUUCUGCGCCGACACUACCGCCACCUGCGCGAGGAGUUGUCCAAGCUGAAGCCACCGCGUGGACUCGAAGACUUGGAUGCACCCUUCAACCCGGAGGCCACGCUGCCGCCGAUGGAUGUGUCCGCGGCACCAGCUGUUGCAGCCACCACCAACGCCCAGGUGGGAACGGAUGAUACGAUAGUGCCGGACAUGAAUCUUCUCGGCGAGACUGCGGAUGAUUGCGAGGCUGAUGGCGAGGCCAAAGGCGAUGGCGAUGGCGACGGCGAUGUGGGCUACAGUAUUACGAAUUUCCUGCAGGAGGAUGGUCUUUUGACUGGCGAGGAUGAGGUCGUGGAAAUUCUGAGUGAUACAGAGAACGAGAGCAGUGUGUGGCAAGUCAAAGAGGAGGAGGAGGACACCCCGUGAAUCGCCAGCUGACCACAGAAGUUGGAGAUGAAUUUGAUGUGAUGAUGCCCUGCAGCCUUCUGCCCCAGCCUCCCGCAUCUUCGCUGCCCUAGACAUUUUUAUUUAUAUGCUAUGAGUUUUGUUUUACGCCUUUACUUGUUUAAUUUUUGUAAGAGAGAGACUGCAACAGAACUUGGUGUGCUUUACUUAAUGGAACCGUAAUGAUUAAUGUUAAACAAAUUACGCUAAUGAACUUUGCGCAGAAGCAUACACUCCCAAAAAAGCAUUGUCAGAAACUUUCCAUUCAAAAAAAAAAAAAAAACAGAAAAAAAGAAAUGAAUAUCCCACUUCAUACAAGUAUGUAUGAUUAUUGUAUCGAACUUUUUAUAAAUGCUUAUAUAAACGGAUCUAUCGAUUUCUACAAGAAUAACCCGUGUGUGUAUAGAAUAGAGCGGACAUGCAAGUCAUUGAAAAUAUCACCACUAUAAAACAGUAACAACAACAAAAACCACCAAAACUAAAUUAAUGUGUAUUAAACUAUGUAUGUACGUAGCGAUUUAGUUAAAUAUUUACAGCAAAAUGUGAACAGUUACUUUUCCAAUUGAAAUAAAACGCGAGAUACAUUUUGUUUCCCCCAAAA